AUGACAGACUCAGCUUACACGACUGUUCAAAUGACACCGGAUAAAAUAGUCCUAUCACAAGAAUCAAAUGAUAACAAUGUGAAUUCUCAUUUAACUAAAACUAAUUCAAACAAUAAUAGUAAUCUUAUUAUCAGUAACAGUAACAGUAAUAUUGAUAAUCAUGACAUUAUCAAUAAUGAUCAUAUUACUCAUGAUAAAAUUAGUAGUAGUACUAUUUCUUUGAAUAAUAAAGAACAAUGGAUUGAAGAAACAUUAUCAAUUAGUAAAAAUACACAACAGUUUAAAUUAACCAAAUUUAAACAAAACAAAAAUGAAGAAAGUGGUAAUCAAUGCGAUCAACAGCAUACAUGUAAUGAAAAUCUUGAAAUUAUUGCAGAACGAAUACGUGAUAAAUGGAAUAAGAAAAUGGAUUUUCUAUUAUCUGUUAUUGGAUUUGCUGUGGAUUUGGCUAAUGUAUGGCGAUUUCCUUAUUUAUGCUAUAAAAAUGGUGGUGAUCCAGUGUUAGUGUUCAGUGUCUACCCAGAAGCACUAUCAACUUUACCUGGUUCAACGUUUCUAUCAGUUUGUUUCUUUCUUAUGUUGCUCACUUUGGGUUUGGACAGCUCAUUUGGAGGUUCGGAAGCUGUUAUCACAGCAUUAAGUGAUGAAUAUCCGAUAAUUGCAAAUCAUCGAGAAUUAUUUGUGCUUGGUUUAUUCACAUUCUACAUUGGAAUUGGUGCUUUAGAAUCAACUCAAGGUGGUAUCUAUUGGUUUCAUUUAUUCGAAAGAACUUGUGUGGAAUAUCCAAUUUUACUGGCUGUAUUAUGUGAAACAGUUUGUAUUGCUUGGAUAUAUGGAGUUGAUCGUUUUCGACAAAAUAUUAAACAAAUGUUAGGCUUUCAACCAGGAAUAUUUUGGAAGAUUUGUUGGAAAUUUAUUGCCCCCAUUUUCAUAUUGUUCAAUAUUACUUAUGGAUUGUCGAAUUAUCAACCACUACAAUUAGGUGAUUAUACUUAUCCAUUAUGGGCAAAUAUAUUGGGUGGUAUUUUUAGUGGUUCAGCUAUUCUAGCGAUACCAAUUGUUGCUAUUAUUCAAAUAUUACAUACUAAAGGAACAUUGAAAGAACGAAUUCAAAAACUUAUUAAACCUGCUGAAUGUAUGGAACUAAAUGAAUAUUUCAUUGAAGAUCAACCUAUCAUAAAUAAAAAGAUACCUAUUAGUUUGUCAGAUACAUUGAAUUCAGUCAAAUCAUCAUCUUCUUUAGUCAAAGUACAAUCAACUCAUUCCAUUCCGAAUUGUUAUAAAGUCGGCAUAGAUCAAUAA